CGGCGGGUUCAUGCUGGGGAGCCCUGGGCCCAGGGGGCCGCCCCCUGCUCCGCCUCCUUCCCGGAGCCCAGGCGUCCGCGGCUGUCGCUGGGGCUGGGGGCUGUGCCGAGGUCGAGUCCGGGACCUCAGAGACACUGGUCCUCUGGUUGCUUCCCGGGAGGAGAGGCCCACCAGGCGGGGCGGCCAGCGUGCCCUCCCCUCGCAGCGGCAGAGUUUGGGCGUCACCGACAGGAGGGGGCGUUUCCCGAAAUCCCUGGGGGUCCCCUGAACUAGGUAGCUCGGUCCCGAGUGUCGGACCGUCAGGGUCGCGUACGGGGCGGCUGCGGUCCGAAAGGAAAAGCUCCCGGGCGGGCCAGUUAAAGGCCCUGCCUCCUCUGUGAAGCGACCGUCUGUGGCAACACAAGCACAGCACCAAGACGCUGUCAUUCCAGGGGGGCGGUGCAGCGCCGCGACCCGGCCCCGCGACCUAGCCAGGAUGGUGGACACGGCGAGCCCCGUCUGCCCCCUCUUCCCGCUGGAGACCGAUGACCUGGGAAGCCCGUUGUCUGAAGAAUUCCUGCAGGAGAUGGGAAACAUCCAAGACAUUUCUCCGUCCAUCGGCGAGGACAGUUCCGGGAGCUUCAGCUUCACCGAAUACCAGCACUUAGGGAGCGGCCCCGGGUCGGAUGGGUCGGUCAUCACAGACACCCUGUCACCGGCUUCGAGCCCCUCAUCGGUCACUUACCCCGGGGCCCCCGGUAGCGCCGACGACUCCGCCAGCACAGCACUGAACAUCGAAUGCAGGAUCUGUGGGGACAAGGCCUCGGGCUACCAUUACGGGGUUCACGCGUGUGAAGGCUGCAAGGGCUUUUUCCGGCGCACCAUCCGGCUGAAGCUGGUCUACGACAAGUGCGAGCGCAGCUGCAAGAUCCAGAAGAAGAACCGCAACAAGUGCCAGUACUGCCGCUUCCACAAGUGCCUGUCGGUCGGGAUGUCCCAUAACGCUAUCCGUUUUGGACGCAUGCCAAGGUCUGAGAAAGCAAAACUGAAAGCGGAAAUCCUUACGUGUGAGCAUGACGUAGAAGAUUCCGAAACGGCAGACCUCAAGUCCCUCGCCAAGAGGAUCUACGAGGCCUACCUGAAGAACUUCAACAUGAACAAGGUCAAGGCCCGGGUCAUCCUCGCGGGGAAGGCCAGCAACAACCCGCCCUUCGUCAUCCACGACAUGGAGACGCUGUGCAUGGCCGAGAAGACGCUGGUGGCCAAGCUGGUGGCCGACGGCAUCCAGAACAAGGAGGCGGAAGUCCGCAUCUACCACUGCUGCCAGUGCACGUCCGUGGAGACCGUCACGGAGCUCACGGAGUUCGCCAAGUCCAUCCCCGGCUUCGCCGGCUUGGACCUGAACGACCAGGUCACGCUGCUGAAGUACGGGGUCUACGAGGCCAUCUUCACCAUGCUGUCCUCGGUGAUGAACAAAGACGGGAUGCUGGUCGCCUACGGGAACGGCUUCAUCACGCGCGAGUUCCUCAAGAGCCUCCGGAAGCCCUUCUGUGACAUCAUGGAGCCCAAGUUCGACUUCGCCAUGAAGUUCAACGCGCUGGAGCUGGACGACAGCGACAUCUCCCUCUUCGUGGCUGCGAUCAUCUGCUGUGGAGAUCGCCCUGGCCUGCUGAACGUCGGGCAGAUUGAGAAGAUGCAGGAGGGGAUAGUGCACGUGCUCAAACUCCACCUGCAGAGCAACCAUCCGGACGACGCCUUCCUCUUCCCCAAGCUCCUGCAGAAGAUGGCGGACCUCCGGCAGCUGGUCACCGAGCACGCGCAGCUGGUGCAGGUCAUCAAGAGGACCGAGUCGGACGCCGCGCUGCACCCGCUGCUGCAGGAGAUCUACAGGGACAUGUACUGAGCUCUCGCGAGAACGCACGAGGGGAGGGGAGCUCCCCGGGACUUCUGGAGGUGGCGGCGGGCGCUGCUGAGGAGGAACGGGAUCAAGGCCACUUUGCACAGGUGUCCCCGCCGGACCCCGAGAACCUGACGCGUGCGCUCCAGGUAACCGCGACCCCAUUCCACACCGGCCGCCUUUUCACCGAGAGCGUGCAGAGUUGGGGCUUGGAAAACUCGGAGAGCCAUGCUCGGUUGUCCGUCGGACUCGAAGCUGUCCGGUGUUAAUCAAUGCAGAUUUAUUUAAAUCAGGGCGGUGAUUCACCACUGGUGCCUGGCGACCUCGGGGGAGCGCUCCGUCUCCCCAGGUACCACUGUUGACCCCUGGGCUCCUUCCUAAUGUUGGAAACUAAUCAGCACUUUUUAACUUUUGUAAUCCUGUAUAUCUAGAUGUAACCAAAGGUUAGGCAUUUUAAAAGCGGCUAAGUAUUUAUUCAGAAGACUUCGAUUCUGCUCCCUGAAUUCGAAGAGCGACAAUAUGCAGUUUUUUUAAUCGUAGAAGUUAGAAUUCUAAAGAAUCAUCUGAUAAGCUCUGGAAGCGCGGCCGCCGCAUUGCGUUGGCUCCCCGGGUGCUCGGCUGCAACUAGGCCGUGGGGAGGCCCGUCCCCGGCUCCUGUAGAAAGUCCCGGGAAACCACGUCUCUGCCGCCCCCCCACCUCUGGCUCACGGCCCCAGUAGAGCCGACAUCGGUGAGCAGGAUGGCAGUGAACUCGGAAGUACCUCAGCGUUCCAGCCCUUCCACCUGCUUCCUCUCAAGGGUGGGCCGUGGCGGCGGCUGGGGACGGGGGACGUGGUUUCCAGGGCAGCCUGAGAGGUCACCUGCAAAUGUCUUUCUGUGUCCUGUGAGUCGAGGCAGCUCUUGGGUCUUUCCCUGUGUUGCUUUUUAAAAUAUGCAGCUUUAUUUUUGUAACUCUUGGUGGUAGUAGCUGUUCGCUGGAGUGGAGAAGAUGAGGCAAAUGUGACUUUAUAGUCCUCGGGGGGUCACCUGGGGAACAGCGGGGGUGGGGGUGGGCGUGAGGUCCGGCAGGUGGCUUCACGUCGUCCCAGGAGCCUCCAUGGCCGGCGGUUUGUGCAGAGAUGGGGGCUGAGUGCCCUUCUCCAACCUUGCGCAUAAGACGGGUUGUCCAGCACGGGAAGAUGCUUGCUUCAGCCUUAAAGGUCAGCUUCUCGGCCUCGGGCCGCCUGUGGACGCCACGUGGGUUGUGUCUACAGCACGUGGACCCAGGUGUACUCUCCCCUUCUGUCACCGAGGCGGAUCCAUUGUCCCUCUCGGACGUUUUCAGCAGCUCGCCCGCCAGGGCCGGCAGGCACACAGCGGCCCCUGGACACCGCGCCCACAGCGCCACGGCCUGGAUGGGCCCUGGACACCCCUCCCCCGCUGCCUUGACAGAAUCUGCCCUUUAAGGUCAUUGCCACCCAGUGUUAAAGGAGGGUCAGGGUUCCCGAGGUCAGCGGUAGGGAAAUGCAAUAGAAAAACAGUCCCACUGUGAGACCUCAACCAGAAAAAAGUGAAAGUUGCCACCAGGGCACCCUGUGAAAAACUCCACACACACUUCGUCUGUAGGUCAAGACCCGGUCAGAGGAG